AUGCUUGGCGAAUAUGGCCGAUCGGUGAUGCGCAUGCAAGUUCGACAGUCAACGUCUAGCCUCUUUAGAGCUCGCAUGUCGACGUUUGCAACAAACGGUUCACAACUGGACAGUUACGCGAAGGGUGCCUCUGUAUCAGCUCCAAUGUUUGCAGAAGUCAUGCACAAGUGUGGAGUACCCAAAAAGAGACUGCAUCAAGACCUCUAUCCGCUCGAGUUUGGGCAGAGUGCAUGGCCUGGCACGUUCCCUAUUGCUGCAGCUGUUUCAGGUGGUGCUGAUAGUAUGGCAUUGAUGCUUUUACUCCGAGAGUACUUGCAGGAACAUCACAUCAAGACCCCUCUAUUAGCAGUGACAGUGGAUCACCAAUUGCGGCCUGAAAGCAGCAGAGAAGCGCUUGAAGUGGCAAACGUUUGUGCUGAUCGAGGCGGUAUUCGUCACAUAACAAAAGUGUGUGAAUGGCAGUGCGAAGAGAAGACGAAGCAGCAACCAGGAGAAGGACCUACGGCUAGUUUACGACGACCGGUAAAGCCACGCGCCAGUAAGAUGGAGGAACACGCACGUCAGUAUCGAUACCACUUGCUGCGGCAAGUUUGUCUGGAGUAUCAUGUGCGCUGUUUGUUUGUGGCUCAUAAUCGUGGCGAUCAACUGGAAACGACGCUUUUCCGACUGGGAAGGGCGAGUGGUACCAAUGGGUUGGCCGGGAUUGCGAGCCAAUUGCCACUCUUCUCUGUUGAUAGGUUGCUACGUCAUCCACUUGGUUGUAAAGCGUCGACAUCUAGUACCAUGACCACGAUCGUUCGACCAUUACUUUCCGUGACGAAAGACCAGUUGAUGGCAACGUGUGAUCGGUUACAGCAAACGUGGGUGCACGAUCCUUCCAAUGAUGACCCCACGUACGACCGUGUUCGGAUCCGUCAGGCGCUCAAGCGAAUCGAAAAGGAGGAACAAGGAGCUGCUGUCCUGGACUUGAUCGCUCGUUUCCAACAGACUGCCAAGAAAGCCAAGCACGAGUUUGCAGCACUCGAACGCCUCAUGCUUCAAAAGCACGCUGUCACCUGGGAGGCAGACAUGGUCGUCAUGCAAACGUCGAUUGUCCACGACCCUGACGUGUUUGACGAGCUGCUGUAUCGAUUGUUAUCAAUUGUUAUUGUACACAUUGGCAAGAAGGACGCGCCUCCACGUUUAGCAUCCAUUGCUCGUCUUGCACGAGAUCUCCGAGAUCUGAAAACAGGCAAGCAGCUCACUUUGGGUGGAUGUCGGAUUAUGUGGAGUAGAAAACGCCGUGAACUGAUAUUCCAGCCGGAGGGCCAGAAGAAAAAGUAG